UACACUCCGCGUUAGAAAGGGAAAAGCUAGCGUUUCUGACAUCACCGAGCAGGGCUGUCAGCAUCUCCUCCAGACAAUGGGCAAAGCUCACGACUUUUUUGCGCCGUAAUUUACCUUCAGAUAGCACAAGUUGGGUUUGGGGAAAAAUACGUUGUGCAACUUCGGUGUAUAAAGGAGAUCUUCGGCCUUCAGGACAAACCACCACUCAGCUCCAAGGCCAGACCAGAGUCUAAGAUGCCCUAGGCGGGAGAAGGAAAUGUAAAUGGCUUCCAAAGUAAAAGAUGCUGUUGUUUGGUACCAGAAAAAGAUCGGAGCCUACGACCAGCAGAUAUGGGAGAAAUCAGUGGAGCAAAGAGAAAUAAAGUUUAUUUCUCUGGGCUUGAGGAACAAGCCAAAGAAGACUGGACAUGUCAAACCAGAUCUGAUAGAUGUGGAUUUAGUUAGAGGGUCAGCGUUUGCCAAGGCCAAACCAGAGAGUCCGUGGACGUCACUGACCAGGAAGGGCAUCGUCAGAGUCGUCUUCUUCCCGUUCUUUUACAGAUGGUGGAUUCAGGUCACCUCCAAAGGCAUCUUCCUUCUCCUGUUGGCUCUGUAUCUGCUGCAAGUGGCAGCAGCAGCCCUGUAUGUGACCAUCUCCCAGCCUCAUGGGAUCCCGGCCACCGAGGUGUUCGGAGCCAUCUGGCUCAUGCUGCUGCUGGGAACGGUCCACUGUCAGAUUGUCUCCACCAGAACCCCAAAACCCACCUCCGGCAGCGGGGGAAAGAGACGCAGGAAGUUGAGGAAAGCAUCUCAGAUGGAGGUGCAUAGGGAAGGAGACGGGUCUAGCACUACCGAUAACACACAGGAGGGGGCGCCACAUUCUCACUCAGCCAGCACCACAUACAGCCUGGGCGCUUUCUUCCAAGAUUUCUGGCAUGAUAUCUGUAAAGCUGGAUCUAAGAAGUCCAAGCUGUCCAUCGAUAAAUCGACGGAGACGGACAACGGCUACGUGUCACUGGAUGGUCGGGUGACCAACCGCAGCAGUGAGGAGGGACUUCAGCUGCACGAGCAGAGAUGUGACGCGUUGACCCGGCCAGACGAGGUGUGCUGGAACCCUCACAUCCAACCCUCACAUUCUCACACAGCCCACAGCACAGGACUGCCUAUGGCGGGCAGCAAUAAGGAGCCUGCCUCUGAUGAAGCUUCUAGUGAGGAGGAUCCUGAAGCAUCCUACGGCGCCCUCCGCAGGGGAGCUGAAAGAAAGAACAGUGACUGUACACUCAGAAACCGCAAAAACACACACCUUUACAAGAAACACUAUGCUGUGGAGGAUGUUGCCAAAUCUGGUACCAGCUGUAGCUCCAGAUGCUCCAGUAUGAGAACCCCGGACUCUGAGAGCGCUCGACAUGAGUCAGAAACAGAGGAUUUGAUGUGGGAGGACUUCCUGCAUUGUGCAGAAUGCAGAUCAUCCUGCACCUCAGAGACAGAGGGAGAAGCAGGAGGGACCUCUGUGUCUCCUAAAUCUAAGAAGGAAUACAGAGACGAUCCUUUUCAUCAGAGUCAAAUUCCCUGGCUGCACAGCUCCAACCCCGGCUUGGAGAGGGUGAGCGCCAUCGUGUGGGAGGGAAACGAGUGUAAGAAGGCAGACAUGUCUGUUCUGGAGAUCAGUGGCAUGAUCAUGAACAGAGUGAACCUCUACACUCCUGGUAUUGGUUACCAGGUCUUUGGGAACCUGGUUUCAGUCACACUUGGACUCACACCCUUUGUCUACAGGCUGGUUCAAUACUGUGACCUGGAUCAGCUCACCACGCUUUCAGCCAAUGAGAUGCUCUCUGUUGCUUUGGGAGGAGGAUCUGAAUAUGAUGCCGUGAUAAUCACCAUGGUAACACUCAGCUUCCUGGUGCGCGUUUGCCUUAUAUGGCUCUUCUUCUUCCUGCUCAGUGUAGCAGAGAGGACCUACAAACAGAGGCUGCUGUUUGCCAAACUGUUCGGUCACCUGACGUCAGCCCGCAGAGCCAGGAAGUCUGAGGUUCCACAUUUUAGACUGAAGAAAGUUCAGAACAUUAAGAUGUGGCUGUCGCUGCGCUCCUACCUUAAGAGACGAGGUCCUCAGCGUUCAGUGGAUGUAAUUGUGUCGUCUGCCUUCCUCCUCACUCUGUCAGUGGUCUUCAUCUGCUGUGCCCAGCUUCUGCAUGUGCAUGAAACAUUCCUGGAGUAUCACUAUAACUGGGAGUUGGUGAUCUGGUGCACCAGUUUGUCUCUGUUCCUGCUCAGGUUUGUCACUCUGGGCUCAGAAACCAGCAAGAAGUACAGCAACACCUCCAUACUGCUCACUGAACAGAUCAACCUCUAUCUAAAGAUGGAGAAGAAGCCAAACAAGAAGGAGGAGCUGACUCUGGUCAAUAACGUUCUAAAACUGGCUACCAAACUACUCAAGGAGCUGGAUACUCCAUUCAGGUUGUAUGGUUUGACCAUGAAUCCUCUGCUCUACAACAUCACCCAGGUUGUCAUCCUGUCUGCUGUGUCAGGGGUCAUUUCUGACUUACUAGGAUUUAAUCUCAAGCUUUGGAAGAUCAAGUCAUGACAUAUCAGAGUGCUUUGACCUUCAAUGAUUCCACUUUGUGCAAUUCACAGAUUAUUGACCCAGUCAGUGUUUGUUUUAAGUUUAGAUUGUUUAAGAUUUCUGUUCUGUAAUACCAGACAAAGCUGUAUUUGCCUUCUGUAAAACAUGUUAGUAUUAUGAACAAUAGAUAUGUUCUCAACUGCACAUUUGAAGGCAAAGAAAUGUUAAUGGGGUAACAAUUCUGUAAUGUUUUAUGGGCUUAACUUAUUUUAUGUCGUUGAUAAAUUCUUCGAGUUUAAUAGAUAAUUGCUGGUCCUUCACAAGCACUUCUUACUGUUCUCCAGGCUAUAAACCAGCUCACAUGUACAGACUUAAAACAUGACAUGUUCGUACCUGAUGAUGCAUACUUGUUUUUGCGGGUCCUCCAGUGUAGCUGAGAAAAUUGAUCCACGACUCGUUCUCACCCGGCAGAACACGUCCGCACUGUAACAAACAAUCAGCAAUUAAAACAUUUUUAAUUUUCGUUUCAAUUACUGGGCCUCAGCAGUAUUUAUAGCAAUAUAUGUUCUCCUGACAGAGUGGAUAUAGCUUAGGACAAUUAAAACAAAGUGUAUUAUUUGUAGAUAAACCUCCGUUUCCUUCUGAACAUAAGAGGAUUUUUGAACUGAAACACAGAAAAGUUUAAGUUCCUUUUUUAAGAGAUCAAAAGUUCAAUUGAUCCAAUCAAACAAUUUUGAAGAUGCUGUUUUAUGUUGUUCAGUAUUGGAUGAAAGGCAUUUCUAUAUACAGAUGCUAUGUAUCAGAAGACGAGGAGAAACAAUCUGAAAGCUGAUCAUUGUUCCUCAGCCACUGGAUCUCAGAGCUCCUCUCUGCAGUGCAGCAGAUCUGAGACGACGCAUGCUAGUAAUGUCUGUAUGCAAAUCAAAAUAUGCACUUUAACAACUGAUUUUAUGGGGAGGAAAGUUACAGAUGUUUUUGUGUGUGGUCACAUUUCUAUGUACCUCUCUUGUGUUGAUAGUUUAGUAGUGUUUGGCAUUGAAAUUAUUUUCUGAAGGAAAUCCUAUGCGGUACGUAAAGUUGCGUUUGUUUUAUUGUGUGCCGACAUACAAGAUGCCUCAAAACAAGUUUGAUUUGUAAAGUUGCUAGCAUUAUCAUUUACAUCUUGUGGGUGUUUAAGGAGGAAGACCAAAGUGCUUAUUUAAUUGUUUUUGUGUUUCUCUGCUGGGAAAAGAAUAUAUUUUUAGCGUCAUGCUUUAAAAUCUAUUUAUUUCCCUUCAGAAAUACUUGUAGUAUUGUGGGUUUUUUGACAAUUGUAAAGGCUGUUUAUUCUUUACAUUCACCUGAAAGCAGAGGCAUGAUUUACUGUUUUUAAAACAUCUUUGAGUUAUAUGAAAGUAACUAAAAGGUAUAAGAUGAUGUUUUGAUGCUGUUUUUCAGGGUCAGAAUAUUUAGAUCUAGUUUAUUUGUGUGUCUAUGAGGUCUACUUUUUUUUUUUUAUAAGAAAUAAAAGCUGAAUGAAUUGAA